UGUGAUAGCGCACAUCUCCGAGGGUUCGGGACCGCGCCAGGCAUGAAGUCUGAAAAACUUACGAGCCUUCAUCGUCUGGGAACAUUGUGAAAAGUUGCAAGAAGUUGUACCAAAACUUUCGUGGAGGAGCGACAUUUGCGCGAUGGCACAUACCUAAGACGCAUUCAACAGUUUUGGGAAUAUCUCGGGGAAAGCGGCGUCUUUUUUUUUUUUUUUUUUUUUUUUUAUUUAUUUGAGGCGCUCCAAGGACAUUAUCGCGGUGUCCGACGCAGGCAGAUAUCAGUGAAUCUGCGAUUGUAUCCUGUCUUUGCCGCGGGAUGGGGGCCGCGCCGGGUCCGGGCUGGGAGGAGGGCGAGUUCGAGUUCAAGUUGGUUUUUGAGGAGGACCCGCCGCGUCAGAUCGCACCGGGGCCGACCCCGGUGCGCGCAGCCCAGCCGGAGAGCUCGGUUCCCGGGGAGAAAAGUGAGAGCGUCCCGCUGCACCUUGACUCCACCGGCAGCCUCGACAACCACCUGGCUUCCACCCAUGCAGGCCAGUCCAUCAGCAUCCCCAGCCCGCCACCCUCAGCCAACCAGCGGGCUGGAAUGCACUCCCCACCCCCGCGCAGGGCCCUGGUGAGGGAGUUCAGCGGGACCUACGAGAGCCUGCCAGCACGCUCUGUACAGGUGUCAGAAUCCCGUGUGGUCGAGUGCCCCAGCAUCCAGAUCACCACCAUCUCCCCGGACGAUGACCCAGCGCCGGCCAGCUCCAGCUACUGGGACACGGGUGGCGGCGGUGGGUGGGACCGAGAGCGCCUCUACCUCCCCCUGCUGGACCCUUUCACCUACCGCGACGGAGGCCCCGGCUCCCUCAGCCCCAGCCCCGCCUCCAGCCCCUCCUCUCGCGGCUGGCUCAGCCCUGCCUCCAGUUGCGACUCCCUGUUGGUGGAGGAGGAGGAGCUGAACGAGGCCACCAUCAAUUUUGGGCUUUCACCUUCGUCCAGGCCGACUUCCCCCGGGGGCAAAAAGCGCAGAAAUUCACCCUUGGCUUCUCCCUGUACGUCACGGAGGGGCAGUUACUCAGAGGACCUCCAUGGAUGCAGCCUCGAGGGCGGCGACUCCAUCUCUCAGUCACAAGCUCCUCCCAGCAGCUGUGAGCUCAGCAUCCCUCAGAAAACCAGGAAGACGUCAUUGGAGCAGUUGUCUCCCAGGGAGGUGGAUCAGGAGCAGGCUCCAGGCCACAGCUCCCCCUGCCCGCUGCCAGAGACGCACCAGCCCAGGAGAGAACCCCCCUCCCUGGGCAUGGACUACCUGUCUGUGCCCCCCGCUCUGGGCUGGGGCAGGACCCGAGCCAGCGCCCACAGCCCUCUGUUCAGGUCCAACGCACUUCCACCACUUGACUGGCCGCUGCCGUCCCAGUUUGACCAAUACGAGCUGCGGAUCGAGGUGCAGCCGCGCCCUCAUCACAGAGCCCACUAUGAGACAGAAGGCAGCAGGGGGGCCGUGAAGGCGGCGCCAGCGGGACAUCCUGUCGUCAAGCUGUGCGGCUACACAGACAGGAAGCCUCUCUCCCUGCAGGUGUUUGUUGGAACAGCUGAUGAUCGAUCGAUCAGGCCUCAUCCUUUCUAUCAGAUACACAGGGUGACAGGGAAGAUGGUGGGCACCGCCAGUCAGGAGAGCGUCCAGGCCGGGACCAAACUGCUGGACAUCCCCCUCAACCCCGAGACCAACAUGACGGCACUCAUCGACUGUGCUGGGAUUCUCAAGCUGAGGAACUCGGACAUCGAGCUGAGGAAAGGAGAGACGGACGUUGGGAGGAAGAACACCCGCGUCCGCCUGGUGUUUCGGACCCACAUCCCUCUAGCGCCCCCUGUGGCUCCUCCCGGACGCGUCUUGGCUCUGCAGGUCGCCUCCCUGCCCAUCGAAUGCUCCCAGCGUUCGGCCCAGGAGCUGCCAGUCAUCGAGUCGGUCAGUCUGACUUCCUGCUCUGUGGAAGGAGGCGAGGAGCUGCUGCUGAGUGGCACCAACUUCCUGCCGAUCUCCAGGGUGCUCUUCAUGGAGAGAGGGACAGAUGGCAAAUUACAGUGGGAGGAGGAGGCUCACAUCGACCGUGACAACAGCAAUGAGUGUUUGCUGUGUGUGAGGGUCCCCGCCUACAGCGACCUGUCUGUGAGCCGGCCCGUGUCCGUCUGUCUGUACGUCUCCAACGGGAAGAGGAAGCGGAGCAGCACUCACUGUUUCAAAUACCUUCCCAUCAUGUUCAAGGAGGAGGAUCCUCUGCUGUCUCGGCCCUCUGUCCUGCCCUUGGAGGGGGGAACUCUGUGUCCUCUGGGGGGCACUAGCAGGGCAGACAGGGGCCUCCACCUGAGAGGUGACCACGCAGCCGAGGAGCGAGGCCCAGGCUUCCACCUGCCCCCCUUCCCUUCCGCCUACUCCCCUCCGUACCCAGCUCCUGGCUACCACGAAGAGUACUGCUCCAAACCCGAGGCUGCGGUGGAGGAUCCUGGUGGAUCCAGGGGGGCCCUGUCUGAGCGCCACCCCAGCUUUGAGAACCUGGAGCUGGGCUUCACUGAGCUCCUGCCCCCACUGUACCCCCGUGCCCCACAGCCUCCCUCUCCCUCCCCUUCCCCCUGGCUGGACUCGCCCUACCUGUCCUCCUCGCCCUCUCCCUCCCACUCCUCCUCUCUCAGCCCGUUCCCUGCUGGAAGUCCCAUCUCCUCCUCGCCUCUGCCUCCCAUCCCCACCUCCCCUUACCCCCAGUACUCUGCUUAUCCUCAGGAGGUGUGUCCCUCCCCUCCCUCCAAUCCAAGCCCCUAUCAGGACUUCUACCCAGCACCCUACUCCCACUAUGAGGGCUGGGACCCGCAGGGCAGGGUGCUGGGGAUGGGACAGGGGGGAGAGAGGGACGCACAGGCCGGCUCCAAGAUCCAGGAGGGCCCCCUGGAGUUUAGCAGCUCUGCUUCUAUGCACCACAUCACAUUAGAAGAAGUGACGGAGUUCAUCGGGGAGGACAUCCGGAGUUUCCAGUCAGGCUCACAGAUGGACAACCAGCCAAACUGAGCUCGGCGCGGCUCUGCUGUCAUUAGCGCAUUUGCUAUUCAUGUUUCUAUUCACUAUGCACUUGGUAUUAAGAUACGUUGCUCCAAUUAAAGGCAAUAUUGAAAGGGGAAUUUAAUUACCAGGACACUGUUGUAAUUAUGGCCAUAACUAGCUGUUAUGGUUU